UGGUUUCGACGUGCCAUCCUCCUCGCCAUGGCUCUCGACAUCUCGAAACCUAUCGCGUUCUGUGAGCAUCUCCAGCUCUCCAGUCUGGGCGUCCAGCCAGCCUCUAUCUCCUUCCAGACUCUGACCCUCGAGUCGGAUCACUUCAUCUGCGUCCGAGAGAAGGUUAAUGAACAGAACCAAGUCGUGAUUAUCGACCUCGCCGACGCCAACAAUGUCCUUCGCCGCCCAAUCACAGCAGACUCAGCAGUAAUGCACCCACAUAAGAAGAUUCUUGCGUUGAAAGCCGGACGCACUCUCCAAAUAUUCAACAUUGAGACGAAGCAGAAGGUCAAAUCCCACGUCAACGAUUCUGACGUCGUAUUCUGGAAGUGGAUCUCAGAUGCUACUAUUGGCAUGGUCACAGAAACUGCUGUGUACCAUUGGAGCAUUACCGACCAGACUUCACCACCUCAGAAGGUCUUCGACCGUCAUCCCACACUCGUUGGAGCGCAGAUAAUCAAUUACCGCGCGAGUGCAGACGAGAAAUGGCUGGUCCUCGUAGGUAUCUCGGGGAAUACGACGAAUCCGUCUGCUUUCAAGGUCAAAGGUGCUAUGCAACUCUACAGCCGAGAGCGCAGUGUCAGUCAACCUAUCGAAGGCCAUGCCGCAUCAUUUGCAGAGCUGAAGUUGGAUGGACAUCAACAAGUCACGAAGCUGUUCGCGUUCUCCGUUCGCACUGCGGUCGGUGCGAAGCUGCACAUCGUCGAAAUUGACCACCAAGCGCCAGAUCCUCAAUUCACGAAGAAAGCCGUCGACGUGUACUUCCCGCCCGAAGCGACCAAUGACUUCCCUGUUGCAAUGCAAGUGUCGAAGAAGCACGGAAUCAUCUACCUAGUGACCAAAUACGGUUUCAUUCACCUGUAUGACCUCGACACAGGCGCAUGCAUCUACAUGAACCGCAUCUCUGGCGAGACGAUCUUCGUUACUGCCGAGCAUGAUAGCACUAACGGUAUCAUUGGUGUUAACAAGAAAGGGCAGGUUCUCAGUGUGAACGUCGACGACCAGACGAUCAUUCCAUACAUCCUCACGACGCUCAACAAUACCGAGCUCGCAUUCAAACUCGCAAGCCGUGCGAAUCUACCCGGCGCAGAUGACCUGUAUGUCAAGCAGUAUCAAGCAUUAUUCCAAAGUGGCCAGUUCGGCGAGGCUGCCAAGAUUGCUGCUAACUCUCCUCGGGGUAUCCUGCGUACUGCGCAAGUCAUCGAGUCUUUCAAGACAGCACCAACCCCUCCUGGCGGUCUAUCACCUAUCCUUCAAUACUUCGGCAUCUUACUCGAGAAGGGCGAGCUUAAUCAUCUUGAGUCAGUGGAGCUUGCGCGCCCAGUCUUACAGCAAGGACGCAAACAGUUGCUGGAAAAGUGGCUGAAAGAAAACAAGCUCACUUGCAGCGAAGAGCUUGGUGACAUUGUUCGGCUACACGACCUAACUCUGGCAUUGAGCGUGUACCUGCGUGCGAAUGUCCCGAACAAGGUCAUCGCCUGCUUCGCAGAGACGGGCCAAACUGAGAAGAUUGUGCUGUACUGCAAGAAGGUCGGGUACACGCCAGACUAUAUUGGCCUUCUGCAGCACAUUAUGCGCACCAACCCCGAGAAGGGCGCUGAGUUUGCUGCCCAGCUUGUCAACGACGAGAACGGUCCGCUGGUUGACGUUGAGCGGGUUGUCGACAUCUUCAUGUCCCAGAAUAUGAUUCAACCCGCUACAUCCUUUUUACUCGAUGCGCUCAAAGACAACAAGCCUGAGCAGGGUCACCUGCAGACUCGUCUGCUGGAAAUGAAUUUGAUGCAUGCACCGCAGGUUGCGGACGCCAUUCUGGGUAAUGAGAUGUUCACACAUUACGACCGCCCUCGUAUUGCCAACUUGUGUGAAAAGGCCGGUCUCCUCCAGAGAGCUCUCGAGCAUUACGAAGACAUUGCAGAUAUCAAGCGUGUUAUUGUGCAUGCGAGCACGCUGCCUAUCGAUUGGCUGGUUAAUUAUUUCAGUCGUCUCACUACUGAGCAGUCUAUGGCCUGCUUGUACGAGAUGCUUCGCGUCAACAUCCGCCAGAACUUGCAGGCCGUCAUCCAGAUCGCCACGAAGUAUUCGGACAUCCUAGGUCCGGUCAAGCUUAUUGAGAUGUUCGAAUCCGUCAAAAGCUUCGAAGGGCUCUACUACUAUCUCGGCUCUGUCGUCAAUCUUAGUCAAGAUCCCGAGGUUCACUUCAAAUACAUCCAAGCCGCGACCCGCACGGGCCAGAUCCGCGAGGUCGAACGUAUCUGUCGCGAGAGUAACUUCUACAGCCCGGAGAAGGUCAAGAACUUCCUCAAGGAAGCCAAGCUAUCUGACCAGCUACCGCUCAUCAUCGUCUGUGAUCGCUUCGGCUUCGUGCACGACCUUGUGCUGUACCUGUACCAGCACGGGCUCAUCAAUUUCAUUGAGGUGUACGUCCAGCGCGUCAACUCAGCGCGCACUCCGCAGGUCAUCGGUGGACUUCUCGAUGUUGAUUGCGACGAAACGGCAAUCAAGAGCUUGCUGGCAUCUGUCCCUGGCAAUUUUGCUAUCGACGAGCUGGUGCACGAGGUCGAGACCCGCAACCGCCUCAAGUUGAUUCUGCCCUGGUUAGAAGCGCGCGUGCAGGCGGGAAGUCAGGACCCUGCCGUGUUCAAUGCGCUUGCAAAAAUCUAUAUUGACAGCAACAAUAACCCCGAACAGUUCCUCAAGGAAAACAACCUGUACGAACCCUUGGUUGUCGGAAAGUUCUGCGAAGCACGCGAUCCCUACCUCGCCUAUAUCGCAUACGCCAAGGGCUUCUGCGACGAUGAGCUCAUCGCAAUCACAAACGAGAACUCGAUGUUUAAGCAACAGGCUCGCUACUUGAUCAAGCGCCGCCAGCCCGAGCUUUGGGCGCAGGUCCUUACUCCGGAUAACAUCCACCGUCGUCAACUCAUCGACCAAGUUAUUACCACUGCGAUGCCUGAAUCGACUGAUCCGGACGAUGUCUCCGUUACCGUCAAGGCCUUCCUCUCCGCGGAUCUGCCCAUCGAGCUCAUUGAACUGCUCGAGAAGAUUAUCCUAGAACCUUCGCCGUUCAGCGAGAAUAAGAACUUGCAGAAUCUGCUGAUGCUGACGGCGAUCCGUGCAGACAAGGGCAAGGUUGUCGGCUACAUUGAUAAGCUUCAGCACUACGAUGCAAGUGAGAUCGCGAAGAUUGCAACGGAGCACGGCCUGUAUGAGGAGGCGCUCCUCAUCUACAAGAAGUACGAGCAGCAUGCGAUGGCGAUCAAUGUACUCGUUGAGCACAUCGUAUCGCUCGACCGUGGUGUAGAAUACGCGACAAAAGUCAACAAGCCUGAGGUAUGGUCCAGGUUGGCGAAGGCCCAGUUGGACGGACUGCGCAUCAAAGAUGCCAUAGACUCGUACAUCAAGGCUCAAGACCCUACCAAUUACGCAGAGGUCGUCGAGAUCGCUAACCGCGCUGGCAAGCACGACGACCUCGUCCGCUUCCUUCAGAUGGCGCGCAAGCACUUGCGUGAACCCAAGAUUGAUACCGAGCUCGCGUAUGCGUAUGCCAAGACGGACCGUCUGCAUGACAUGGAAGAUUUCUUGGGUAUGACCAACGUGGCAGAUAUACUCGAGGUUGGAGAGAAGUGUUUCGAAGACGAGCUCUACCAAGCCGCGAAAUUGCUCUUCACUAGCAUUUCCAAUUGGGCUCGUCUUGCGACUACGCUCAUCUACCUUGGUGAGAACCAGGGUGCCGUCGAGAGCGCGCGCAAGGCCGGCAACACCCAAGUCUGGAAGCAAGUUCACGCUGCGUGCUUGGAAAAGAGAGAGUUCCGACUGGCGCAAAUUUGCGGUCUGAAUAUCAUCGUUCACGCCGAAGAGCUUCCGGCGAUUGUUCAGGCGUAUGAACGUCGUGGCCACUUCGAUGAGAUUCUCCAGCUUCUUGAGGCUGGCCUCAGUCUCGAGCGUGCCCAUAUGGGUAUCUUUACGGAACUCUCGGUGCUAUAUAGCAAGUAUCGUCCGGAGAAACUCAUGGAGCAUCUCAAGCUGUUUGUUUCCCGUAUCAACAUCCCUAAGGUCAUCAAAGCUGCCGAGCGUGCCCAUCUCUGGCCAGAGCUUGUCUUCCUAUACAUCAAAUACGAUGAAUUUGACAACGCUGCUCUUGCUAUGAUCGAACGAUCAGCGGAUGCUUGGGAGCAUAACCAGUUCAAGGAUGUCAUUGUCCGCGUAGCCAAUAUCGAGAUAUACUAUAAGGCCCUUACCUUCUACCUGCAAGAGCAGCCGACCCUCUUGACUGAUUUGCUCAGCGUGAUGAUCCCCCGCAUCGACCAUACCCGUGUGGUGAGGAUGUUCAGACAGAUCGACCACAUUCCGCUCGUCCGAUCAUACCUCAUCGCUGUGCAACAUUUGAACAUUGAGGCCGUCAAUGACGCCUAUAACGAUCUGCUCAUCGAGGAGGAGGACUACAAGACUCUGCGAGACUCCAUCGAUAGCUUCGACAAUUUCAACAACGUCAACCUUGCGCAGCGGUUGGAGAAGCACGAACUACUUGAGUUUAGGAGACUUGCCGCUCAUCUGUACAAGAAAAAUGGUCGCUGGGAAGAAUCGAUUGCCUUAUCCAAGCAGGACAAACUUUACAAGGACGCAAUGAUCACCGCGGCCGUCUCCGCCAGUACAGAAGUCUCAGAGGACCUUAUUGGCUACUUCGUCGACAUCGGCAACAAGGAAUGCUUCGCCGCUAUGCUCUACGUCUGUUUCGACUUGCUUCGGGAAGAUGUUAUCGAAGAGUUGUCAUGGCAGCACGGCCUCAACGACUUCUAUAUGCCAUACAAGAUUCAAAAGAAGCGGUCUCUCAUCGACCGGGUCGCGGCUCUUGAAAAACAGGUGCAAGAGCACUCACAAAAAGAGUCCCAGAAAGAGCAACAGGAAGCCGAGGCCCCCAUUAUCAAUCCUGGGAUGAUCGGAAACCGCCUUCUCAUCACGCAAGGUAAUGGUUAUCCAGCUCAAGCUCCGCCAGUCAUCAACGGCAUGCCUACUGGUGUGCCACCGAUGGGUGGUGUACCUGCCAUGAUGACCGGGUUUGGGGGCUUCUGAUGUUAGACUAGUUAUUCAGUGUUGAGUAGGUCUAGUAUAUCUGCAUAAUUGUCGCAAACGCUCUUCGGAUAUUAUUCUCUGUUUAUUUUGUCG